AAACGAUCACGAUGGAGGGAAGCUUCUACCUCAACGAGUCGAAUUAUCCUCACGAUACACCCCUCGAUACCGCACCAAGCCGGCUUGAAGGUCUCUAAUAGAGCCAAAUCAACUUCUCGUCCCGGUUUCGCUAAGAACAAUGACUAACAAGCCUAGGGGAUGGCCUCCAACGGGAACGGGAUAACCUCUUGUGCGAAGGGGUUUUUAGCUAUAAGAGGGUGCUCUUUGUGCACCAUACUCAAACCGAAAGCCGAGUUUCAGAAUCCGACUUCUCACUCUUCUUCUAAUCCCGUCAAAAAUCAUGCGCGUUUCUGUCGCCUUGCUCGCUACUCUUGCCGGCCUUAAUGGUGUUCUCGGAUACAAAUUCCCUCGCCUCGACAAGAACGACACGGUUCUGCUCAUCGUUGACCACCAAAUCGGACUUAUGGAGGUGGUGAAGGACUAUGAACCCGUCGAGUUCAGGAAUAACGUUCUCGCACAUGCGGAACUUGGAAAGGUUUUUAACCUUCCGACUGUUCUGACUACUAGCACAGAAGACGGACCCAACGGCCGAAUGCUGCAAGAGAUUCUAGACAUGUACCCGGACGCACCCUUUAUCAAGCGUGAAGGUGAAGUUAACGCAUGGGACAACGCAGAUUUCCGUGCGGCAGUAAAAGCUACCGGCAAGAGUCAAGUUAUUGUCGCUAGUAUCGUCACCGAUGUCUGCACUGCUUUCCUCUCUCUAUCUCUCGCAGAAGAGGGAUACACCGUUUUCGCCAACAUGGAGGCAUCUGGAACUUACAGCAGGCGUGUCGCAGAUGAGACGAACAACCGAUUGAGAGAUGCUGGCGUGCAGGUCAUGCCGAUGUUCGCUAUUGCCUGCGAUCUCAUGAGAGAUUGGAGGGCUACUCCUGGUUACCCUGAAUUGAGCCCCUUCUUUGACAAGUAUUUCCCUGUCUACGGUCUGGUCGAGCGUAACUUCAAGUCUUCCCGCAAUGGAACGCAACAUUAAAGGCAUGCCUGUAAAGCAACCUGUGAACGGUUGAACUGUAGUCCUCCGGUUACUGGUAAUCAUACCUUAUACUAGUGUGCUACACCCAAAUAGACUCAAAAUUCAAGUGCGCUGGAGGGGCUUGAACCUGAACUUGUGGCCUUCUCGACCCUUCCAACCUUAAUCUCAAGGAAUAGCUCGCUCACCU